AUGAGACUGCUGAGAAAGUACAGUACUCCGUACUCCGUACAACUACCUCCCAAGCCAUAUCCGUCUUCGUCCCUCGGACCUCGUGCUGCACACCUCCUUCUUGCCCAGCAGCCAUCAUCCUCUGCAACGUCUGUGACUCUCCGUCCAGCCGGAACGCCAUCUCUCUCACCUCGUCUCCCACCCGAGCUCGUCCAUUUUCGAACCGUCCUCGCUUCCAUCCUCUUGCCUCAUUCCUUGCGACAGCAACCGCGUCGCGCGAUCCCGGCCUCUCGUCUCCCCCAAGACGAAAGCCGAAAUGUGACGACGACCUGCCUCGCCGACGCCGCUCUUCUCUCCCCUAUUUCUCUUCUUCUCUCCCCUCCUCCUCCCCUCCCCUUCUCCUCCCCUCUUCCCCUCCCCACUUCUUCCCCCCCCCGCCAGGGGGCUAUCUGUCCCAUGCCGCCCUGGUUGACUCGAAAGUUUUGGCCACGCGCCGACGAAGAAAUGGCCAAGAAGGAUGAUGACCUGAGAGUAACAAGGUUCUCGAAGCGUCCUCCCACUUCCGCCUCAUGGAAGGCCGCCCGCAUGCCUCGUCGGCGCUGGGUUGUGCGCCUCGUCGCUCUCGCCUUGAUUGUUGCCUUCGCCAUCUACCUCCUCGGCAGCGCCCUUCGCUUCGGCAUCUCCUCCCUUACUUUUCUUCUUCAUGGACGGAACAGCCUGGGCGAUCCUUUCCAGGAACUGCUCGUCUCGAAUGUGCAUCCAGAAACGACCGAGCCCGAUGCCGCUGGCAAGAGGGGCAACUACAAUGGGCCACCGACAUUUCCGGAACUGGCCACCUCCCUCCAGUCGCUGUCGACAUCGUUUGAGAGGUUCAACGGGAAAGGUGAUGUCCUGUUCAUCGCUGCGAGCCUCUCCAGUGCAGCGACCUUGCUGCCUGUCGCUUGCCUGAUGGCCUUGGAGGACCAAAGCAAUGUUCAUUUCGCCUUCAUGGGGAGAACUUCCAUCCCCGUGAAGGAGCUGCUCAAGAUUAACGGCAUCGACGACACAUGCCCAAUAAAGAUGCACGAUGCCAGGCCUGACCAUGCCGACUCCUCAAGCGACGCUCGCAUGUCAAACGCCGCCACCCGCGCCUUGCAUCACAUUCACAGAUACACCCAACCAGCCGCCAUCCUCGUCGACUCCACCGCCGCAGAAUAUGCCUAUUUCCUGCAAGCAGCACGUUUCCACGUCCGAUCCAUGUCGACGACGCUCAUCGAGCUCCCAGAGAGACCAGGAAAGCGCCUGUCCUGGAUCACAAAGUUGGACGCUUCGGCGCUGGCAGCUUGGAACAAAGUUCAUUUUGAUAUUCUCAUUCAUGCUCCUGCCACCGGAACCGGAAACCUGAGGAGACUGCUUCGGUCCAUAUCCUAUGCAGACCUAGGCGGUCAUGAGGUGCCGCAUAUCACUCUCGAACUUCCGAGUGCCGUCGAAGCACCGCUGGAGUCCUUCUUGGCUACGUACCAAUGGCCGCCAGUGGCCCCCGGUAGCAAGCCCGCGCGACAGAUGAUCACCUUGCGACGCCGCAUUCCGCAGCAAAGGCUGACUCCGGAGCAGAGCUCGGUCCGGUUCCUCGAGUCGUUCUGGCCCCUGGACCCUGCUCAUACUCACGUCCUCGUCCUGUCGCCCCACACGGAAAUAACGCCCCAGUUCUUCCAUUAUGUCAAAUUCGCGCUCCUAUCCCGACGACAUUCCAAAAAUGCGAUAAAACAGGGCUAUGUGAACAAGAUGAUGGGGCUGAGUUUGUCGGUACCAAGCACCUUGCUCGAUGGCGUGGAGCGAUUCACACCCCCCAAGCCUACGUGGAAGGACCAGAAAGAGGCAGAGGAGACGGCCUUCCUCUGGCAGGCGCCGAUCAGUGAUGCCGUCGUCUUCAUGGGCGAGGCCUGGAUUGAGCUCCACGGCUACAUCUCGCAGGUGAUUGACAGGCAGAGCUCAAGCUCGCCGUUGCCAGCCAUGCUGGCCAAGAAGGAGGUUGGCGUAAAAUACCCCGCAUGGAUGGAAUACGCGCUGCAGCUGUCACGUAUCCGGGGUUACGUUACCCUGUACCCAAGCAAGAAAACGGCGGUCGCUCUGGUCGGCGUCCACACCGACUUACCCGAUAUCCCAGAGGAGCACCUAGGGAAGGCUGCGGCGAAAAGGAAGGGGGCCAAGGGUCUGACAGACGAGGCCAGCGACAUGUACUUCGAUGCCGAGUCGCCCGUCGACAUGUUAGAAACGCUGCCGAAGAAGGAUGAGCAACAGGUGGUCAUGAAUCUGCCCGUGCUUUCGUGGGAUGGAAGUCAAAAGAGCAUGGACGUUCUCGGCGUGGAUGCGAGCCAAUACGCCGAGGAGUUUCGUCGCGAGGUUGGGCAUUGUUCCGGAAAGGAAAGCCAAGGAAGCUCGGUCAAGACGGCGGACAAGAAGCUUGCCCGGGAUCUGUUUUGUGAUUUCCAGGGCAAGACAUAG